CACCCCUCCAUUAGUUGACGAUUCUUUCCUUUUCAAUUUUCAAUUAUAAGUUUCCUUUCAAAACAUUAAUACACAAAAUUUGUAACUCCAAAGUUGAUAUAUAUAUUUAACUUAAAUCUUUCUUUUUUGGUUCUGUAACUCUCUCCAGAUCUUUUUUUCUUUUCUUUUAUAUUCACUGUUUUUUCUUCACUCUCUCUGGAUCUGAACCUGGGAAGAGAUCCUUGAUGAAAAAGUUUAAGGGCCAUGUUUUCACAAGUUGAAUGACAAUAUUUAUGUUUUUCUGACAUUAGGGAAGAGGGUAACUCCAGUUACAAAAAUAUAACAGAUCCUCCCAUGGAUGAAAAACCAGAGGGACAUACUGAUGGUAUUCACAAAGAAGAUCAAGGAAAACCUGUGGAGGUGGAGGAGAUGCAUAGUCUGAACAUCAGCAAGGACGAUGUUAAUAAGUUAGAGGACGGUAAUAAAGAAGACAAAGAUGACAAACAUGUUGAACAAGGUGACAGGAUGAAUAAGGAUGGGGAUUUGGAUUCCAAAGCUCAAGAAGAAGUGAACGAAACUACAAGAGAAGAUCUUGCUGAGGAGGAGCAAGAACCAGUCUUCGAUGGAACAGAGGUUCCUGGGAUGCAGGCUAAUCGGAGUUCAUCAACUCGUUCCUUGGAUCCUGAUCCAGAGGAAGAGGGGUCUGUGUGGCCUGAGAAAGCAGUGGCACUUAAGAAUUUUGUUAAGGAAAAGGGUGCUGCAGUGACCAGUGUCCUGCGUCGGCUUUCUUUAAAAAGAGAUGGAGUUGAACAGGCUAAUGUUGAUGUAGAUAAGGACACUUCAGAUUCUGCUAAACUUGGGGAGCAAGCUGCAAUGUCUCCAAGGACUGCAGAAAGAUCUGCUUGGAAUCCCUUAAACUACAUUAAGGUGUCACGUGAUACUGAUUCAGAAAGCAAAGCCGAGCAGGGGAAGAAUAUCAUUGAAGAAUCACUUCUACCUAUUGCCACAAAAGGAAGAAUUAUAUUGUAUACAAGGUUAGGAUGCCGAGAUUGUAGAGAAGCUAGGUUAUUUCUGCAAAGAAAAAGGCUUAGAUAUGUUGAGAUCAACAUUGAUGUAUACCCCAGUAGAAAGUUGGAGAUAGAGAAGGUCUCUGGAUCUUGUGCCGUUCCUAAGGUCAUCUUGAAUGAAGUAUUGAUUGGGGGCUUGAGUGAACUAAAAGGCUUAGAUGAGUCUGGCAAGCUUGAUGAGAAGAUUGAUUUUUUUAUUUCUGAAGCACCGUCACCUGAAGCACCUUUACCACCUCUUCCUGGUGAAGAUGAUGUGUCCGAUAAUGGACCUGUUGAUGAACUAGCUGUAAUUGUUCAAAAAAUGAAAGCAACUAUUGUUGUGAAGGAUCGGUUAUACAAGAUGCGCAGGUUCACUAAUUGUUUUCUAGGUUCGGAAGCAGUAGAUUUUCUAUCUGAAGAUCAGUACCUGGAAAGGGAAGAGGCUGUUGAAUUUGGGCAAAAGCUUGCCAGUGAGCACUUUUUCCGACAUGUUCUUGAUGAGAAUCUUUUUGAGGAUGGUGACCACUUGUAUCGGUUCUUGGACCAUGAUCCUACUGUGUCGUCUCAAUGUCACAACAUUCCAAGGGGUAUAAUUGAACUGAAGCCAAAGCCCAUUGCUGAAAUUGCAUCAAGGCUGAGGUUUUUGUCCUAUGCUAUUUUUGAAGCGUAUGCAUCAGAAGAUGGAAGACAUGUUGAUUACAGAAGUAUUCAUGGAAGUGAGGAAUUUGCAAGGUACUUAAGAAUAGUUCAAGAGCUCCAAAGAGUAAAAGUUCAGGACAUGCCAAGGGAGGAGAAGCUCGCUUUUUUCAUAAAUUUGUACAAUAUGAUGGCUAUCCAUGCAAUACUAGCGUGGGGUCAUCCUGCUGGUCCAUUGGAACGAAGGAAGCUGUUUGGAGACUUUAAGUAUGUUGUUGGUGGGUGCACAUAUUCGCUUUCAUCCAUUCAGAAUGGCAUUUUAAGGGGCAAUCAAAGGCCACCAUACAAUCUUAUGAAACCAUUUGGCGUAAAAGAUAAACGAUCACAGGUGGCUCUACCCUAUCCCGAGCCUCUAAUUCACUUUGCCCUGGUUUGCGGUACCCGGUCUGGGCCUGCUCUUCGAUGCUACUCUCCUGGGAACAUUGAUAAAGAGCUGAUGGAUGCAGCACGGGAUUUCUUAAGAGCUGGUGGCCUUAUUGUUGAUUUGAGUGGCAAGGUCGCAUAUGCUAGUAAGAUCCUCAAAUGGUAUAGUGUUGAUUUUGGGAAGAAUGAAGUAGAGGUAUUGAAACAUGCCUCAAAUUACUUGGAGCCAACUGACUCAGAAGCUUUGCUGGAGAUUAUUGCUGAUGCUCAGUUGAAGGUGAUAUACCAGCCAUAUGAUUGGAGAUUGAACUGCUAGCGUUUGAUUACUUUUUCCUACUCUCACUUGACAGAUUCCCCUGAUUUACUGGAGUUAUCUAUUACUAUGUCCUUUGAACUUGAAUAUACGUGCAGCUUUAUGUCAGCCAGGUUACAGUUUUAAUAAAAUAAAAUACCAAAGUGCCUUAAAAGGGUUUUUUUUU